CGAACCUAAAAUAAAACAAGUGACAAGUGAAAAAAGUGAAUACUUGGUCGUGGAUAAUUCCUGAGUAAUCAGUGAAAACCCUGAGGGCGAUGCCCGAACACGCGACCGGGGGUGCGUCGGCGGAUAUGUUGUCAAUAGGUUCCGAGCGGUGAGUGGAUCUUGUGGUACUGCCUCGAGUGAUUCUUCAUCACUCGGCUGAAAGCUCAUCCCCAAGAUGCCACUACCAAAGAGACUGGUUGAACCAGUGCACGUUGCACGUGGUACAAUACCAGAGUCAUUUCCACUGCCAUCAGAGCUAGAGGCUGCGACAAAUGGCACACUUGCUAAUACCAUAAGGCAGCUGUCGAGUUUAUCACGACACGCUGAGGAUUUAUUUGGUGAAUUGGCGAGGGAGGCGCACACACUAAGUGAUCGUGCUAAUUCAUUACAGGCGAGAAUAGACAGACUGGCUGUUAAAGUUACACAGCUGGACAGUAAUGUCGAGGAAGUUUCACUUCAGGAUAUUCACAUGAGGAAGGCAUUCAAGAGUUCAGUCGUUUUUGAUCAGCAAGUAGUUUCCAGGGAUACUAUGCCCACUGCUAUGCUUGAGACUUAUCAGCAGUGCGACACACCUCCACCACUUGAUAAACUCAAUGUCUACAGGGAGGAUGGAAAGGACGGCUUGAAGUUUUACACUGAUCCAAAUUACUUCUUCGACCUGUGGAGUCAAGAAAUGCUCAAGGAUACAGAGAAAAAGCUCCAUGACAGAGGAAAAAAGACCGAGUCUGAAUAUGCCGAACCGUUCAGAGAGCCUCACAGGCCUCGGAACGAUGGAGGGGGUGGUGGAGGUGGUCGACACAAGAAACGUGUAAGACAACCCCACAACACGAGAGAGAGACAGCGACAAUUGGCUGUUGGUCAUGGCGAGUACAUAAUGCCAACUCAAGGGGUUCAGUAUCGAACGCCCCAUAAUAUUCCAGAUGAAUCAUUAUUGGGAAUGGUAAUGACAGAUCCUAGACCACCUAGACCCAACAGUAUCGAGUUGAGGAGGAGUUAUCCAGCGGAGGAACAGAAUUUGUACAGUCCACCAACAGCUGGUGAUCAUUACAGAUCGACAAAUUAUUCAGCCCAGGGUUACGAUGACAGUAGCCUGUACAGUUCUCACUAUGCCCCAGGGUCAGGUCAACCAGGAAGUGAGACAUACCAAUCACCAGGUCAAAGUACACCAAGCAGAGGUGGAAGAUCACGACCGUCCCAGCCACCCCCAGCUCCACCGAGCAAUGCCUCAAGCAAUUCAACUCCAACAAUAGCAUCGGCAAACAACACACCCACACGUGGUAGAUCAAUGAGCACUGGAAGAGAUACACUUCCACCACCUCCACCACCACCUGGUGAAGUGAUGUCACCACCACCAAUGAAUGGUACAAUACCAGGACAUUUGCUUAAUAGAAAUGGCAGCCGUUCCAACAGUCCAUUACCGAGUCACCAUUCAACACCAACACCACCUAAUCAUGGAAUACCAAUGGGUGUCGAUGAACCAGAUCCAGCACCACAGGAUUUACCACCACCUCCACCCACACCUGAUCCAAUACCCAUCAGGCCUAUAUCACCACCUUGUAACAUUCCACCACCUCCACCACCACCACCACCGCCUCCAGUUGUUAACGGACCGAUUCAACCAAUUGCACUGACCAAUGGUGAUAUUGCCAAGAUGAUUGCCACAAAUCCACCGAAAUUACGACCUGUUAAAAAUAUCAUCGAUGGACAGAUCAAGAAACCACCGAAUGCUAAUAUUCCGAUUGUCGAUCCAAGGAAUGAUCUCCUCAAGGCCAUCAGAGAUGGAAUAAAACUGCGAAAGGUGGAGAAAAUUGAGCAGAAAGAGGUGGAACGUGUGAAUGCCCUGAAUGACGUGGCGUCGAUACUGGCACGACGUGUUGCUGUUGAAUUCAGUGACAGCGAUUCAGCGUCAGAGAGCGAAUGUGACAGCGAGGGAUGGGGUGAGCAGGACUCGAGUUUAGCGUGACCCGUGUCGUAUCCGCCAACCGCAUCUGUCUCGUAAACUGUCACAACAAUGUUUGAUUAGAAAUAGCAGAAGUGAACGAAUUUGAUGGACACUGUUGAGAGUUUCUAUCAAAAAUUUUCCACAAAGAAACUUCACCACUUUCCGUGAAUUUCAUGUCUUGGAGAUUUAUGAUAAAAACUUUCAACAGUCGAGUGUCUUUAAUUUAAUGCGCACAUAAUUGUAUCCUUAACUCAAUAACUGUUCUGAAAGCGCAAAGUACAUUCCGCGAGUACUAUUAUUAAAUAAGAGAGGAGGAAUUAUAGCAGAUCUAUUCAAUACAGGUGAGUGCUGUCUCGUAAUAUAUUAACAAAGUUUAAAAAGAAAUUUCACUUGACUCUUCCUCGAAUAUCCAGAUAAAUGAGGAAGUGAAAAUACGAUCAUUAUAAAAAUACUCCAGUAUCAUAUAAGCUGAAUUAAUUGAUAAAUUCGCAAGUCCAUGUGAAUUUAAAAUAAAAAGAUCUUCGUAAUUUCUUCCAUUGGAGUGCGGAAAAAAAAAAGAUAACAAUUGUGAUUUAUUUUUCAUCAUAAUCGAUUGAAUGAGACAAACAAAAAAAAAAUCUAUAAAGAUAUGUAAACAUAUAUUGAUUGUUAAGGUAACGCAUAGACUUAUGUGUUCUGUGGGAUAUGAUCAAUUUAAAUGUGAAUUCGAUGCUGUUUUACAAGAAAUGUUUAAUUGGUAAAUAUUUGAUGCUUGUUAAUAUAAUCUAAAGCUGCACGUGAAUCGAUUAAAUUGAUUAAUUAUAAAUUUUAAUCCUCACUAAUACCCAACCCUGUAUAAAAUGCUAGGGAGAGGAAAUAUUUCUUCAUCAACGACGAGUGUAAAUUUAUUAAUUAUAAUUAGCUAAGGGUUAGUGUAUGGGCAAGCCCUAGGAAACCAAUAAAACCGAUGAUUCUCUAAU